AGAACGCAAGGACGUCUUCAACAAAUAAAAGAGGUUUGUUCGUUGCGUGAGUCCGGCGGCCGGCUACGGUUUCUCUGAUCUCUCUUCACCAAUAGAUCAAUGGGUUCGGCAGGAAGGUGUGGCAGAUUUGAUGAACAGCAUGAAAUCACUGACGAGGAAUUCGUCUUCUACAAGAAUGAAGUUGUGAAGAGCGACGGAUUUGAUGUUCCUUCCAUGCCUGACGUCUGCGCUUUUCACAUGAUCCAACCAUGCAACUUAAACCUCGAGGACGAAUACAUCUUGUUCCAAAAAUAUUCGCAGCUUGCAAUUGAUGAAUACCACCGUCGAUUCGAGGAUACAAGUGCAAAGCUGAAGCUUGUGAAGGUUUUAAAAACAAUGUCUAUGGUUCUUGAUAUAGUCAGGUUUUUUAUCACCUUUGAGGCCAAGGACCUCGCUAAUGGAGGCAAGACUAAGACCUAUCAAGCUGUAGUGCGUUUGGAUGUAUUUGGGGAGUCGGUGUUGUCUUUCAGGCUGAAACCUACUGAGGAUGAACAAGGCAACCGUGGGAAAGAGUGGUUUUGGGAAGGUCAUAUUGCGGAUGGUUAUUUAGGUUGAGAAGGUUUCUCACAAGUGACAUGCUUGUGGAGCUCAAGGAGAUUGUGGGAAAUAGGUAGUUAAUUAUGAGGCAAAUGGAAGCGUUGUACGUCCAAAAUCUUUGGAAAUACUAGUAUAAAACGCUGCAAUACCUCAAUUGCAGCAUUUUUUAGUUCCUUACACGUUCGACACUAUAAUUCUUUCUUUUUUGAUCAAUUGCAACGAUAUCGAAAAAACGUUGCAAAUAAUAUCAAUUUUAGCGAUAUAUUUUCGUUGUAAAUAAUAAAAUAGCACGCUAGAGAUGGGGUA